UCCCGGAUGGAGCAGGGGGGAAGUGAACUGGGCUGCACAAUAAACUGAAGGCUGCGAGGAGUAGGAAAAACCUCCUAAAGAGCCUCGCCGCGCAUCGGAACCGGACUAAACCCGAGACGCUGGACCUUGUAAUAAGCGCAGUAGCGCGCGCGGCCCGGAUCGUGGUGUAUCUCCGUACCGUGAUCGGUGUAAUCUGGCCGUGGAAGUUGCUGAGGAAUCGCGCCGUGAGGAGAAAACAGCAGCAGCAGCGGCGGCAGCCUGAGCCUGCAGGAGAGACCGAGGGAGGAAACACGGUGUUUGGAGAUUCGCUGAACAAGCCGACCGUUUUUUAGACUCUUGGCGAUUACAGGGGCUUUGUUGAUGAAUUAUGUCUACCACCAGUAUUGACCCUCAGACGUCAAAAGGACAAGAUGCUAAAGAGCUCUUUUCUCUCUCUUUUAGUGCAAAAUGGCUCACUUCACCAAAAGGAAACGGUCCAUGACAAUGACUUUGAACCUUACCUCACUGGCCAAUCUAAUCCGAACAACAGCUACCAAUCCAUGACUGACCCAUACCUUUCCAGCUACUAUGCGCCAUCCAUUGGCUUUCCUUACCCCCUUAGCGAGGCUCCCUGGUCGACUGGUGGUGAUCCUCCAAUCCCCUAUCUGACCCCCUAUGCCCCCCUCAGCAAUGGAGACCAUCAUUUCAUGCAUGACACUGUGUUUGGACAGCCAGGAGGUUUGGGCAGUAGCAUCUACCCGCACCGCUUUAACUUUUUCCCAGAGAACCCCGCUUUCUCAGCCUGGGGCACCAGUGGUUCUCAGGGUCAGCAAACUCAGAGUUCUGCAUAUGGGGGCAGCUACAGCUACCCACCCAGCUCUCUUGGCGGUACGCUGGUGCCGGACGGGCAGACAGGCUUUCACAGUGACACCCUGAGCAAGGCACCAGGCAUGAACAGUCUGGAACAGGGCAUGGUUGGGUUGAAGAUUGGUGGUGACGUCACAGGCGGUGGCUCAGGUGUCAAGACCGUGGGCUCGGUGAUUGGCGGUGGGGCAGUGGCGGCGGCGGUAGCCACAGGUAACGGUGGAACCCCCAUAGGUAUGCCACCCCCCAAACCCACAUCCUGGGCAGCCAUUGCGAGUAAGCCAGCAAAACCUCAGCAACUGAAGGUCAAAACCAAACCUGGGAUGCCUAUGCCUGGGGGCGCGCUUCCGCCACCACCCAUCAAACACAACAUGGACAUUGGCACCUGGGACAACAAGGGGCCUGUGACCAAAGUUGCCUCACCAUUGCCUCCCCAGCACCACCACCAGCAGCAGCAGCCACCUCUCUCCCAUGGCCAUUUGCCCCCUCACCCUCACGGGCUCCCACCGCCUCCUCAGCCACCCAUGCCCUCCGCCCAGUCUCUUGCUCAGCAAAUGGCCAUGUCAGGCCCGCCUCCUCCUCAGCCUUACCAGAAUCAUGCCCCGGCUCCACCCCCUCAGACUCGGUGGGUUGCACCACGCAACCGCAACCCGGGCUAUGGCGGAGGCGGCAGCGUGGACAGCAGUGGCUCCUCCAGCGGCGGGGGUGUGGGCAAUGGAGGUGGAGGUGGACCACCGGGCUCUAAUGCAGGUGAGUCGCACCCGGUCCUGGAGAAGCUGCGUGCAGCACACAGCUACAACCCCAAGGACUUCGACUGGAACUUAAAGAACGGUCGUGUGUUCAUCAUCAAGAGCUACUCUGAGGACGACAUCCACCGCUCCAUCAAGUACUCCAUCUGGUGCAGUACGGAGCAUGGCAACAAGCGUCUGGACGCAGCCUUCCGAGCCAUCAACGGCAAAGGCCCUGUCUACCUGUUGUUCAGCGUCAACGGCAGCGGGCACUUCUGCGGCGUAGCUGAGAUGCGCUCGCCUGUGGACUACGGUACCAGUGCUGGCGUCUGGGCUCAGGACAAGUGGAAGGGCAAGUUUGAUGUGGACUGGCUGUUUGUUAAGGACGUGCCCAACAGUCAGCUCAGGCACAUCCGGCUGGAGAACAACGACAACAAGCCGGUGACCAACUCGCGUGACACGCAGGAGGUGCCUCUGGAGAAGGCCAAGCAGGUGCUGAAGAUCAUCGCCACCUACAAACACACCACCUCCAUCUUCGACGACUUCUCGCACUACGAGAAACGGCAGGAGGAAGAGGAGGUGGUGAGAAAGAACUAUGAACCUGCUCCAAUCCAGAAUCGAUCCCGACUGGAUCAGGAACGCCAAAAUCGAAGUAAACAAUAGAAGACUGCACCCCCAUAGCUUGAUCAACGGUUGUUUUAGGACUGACCAUUUGAAAAAUGAAAUUAAAAAGAGGACACAAGGAAAAUUAAAAAGAAAAAAAAUGAACAGUCGUUUUUGUUUUCUCUAUUUAAUUCUGGUGACUUGGGCCAGCGCCGAACUCAAGCCUCUGCUCUCCUGGUUCCGGCUCCGUGGAGGAUGAAGUUGAUUAACGGCACGCGUGGUCUUCUUUGUCUCUUCUUUUCUGUCAUUCGGUUGGGUUUUCACACACUUCCCUCCUUCCUUUCAUGCCCAACUUUGACCAACAGUUGUCUGCACAUUUUUUUUGUUUUGUUUUGGUUUUUUUUAUUAUUUGUUUAAAUGUUUUUCUCCCCUUUUCAAUUUGGUUCGGCCCCGCCCCCUUCUACCCUGCUCCCUCUCAACGCUGGCAGUGAGAGUCGUGAAGGUGACUUGAGUGAGUGUUAAAAGCCUGUGAUUAUAUGUUUUGUGAGUGUUUGAGAGGAUGUGAUGACGUUGUGAUAGUUGGCUAGGUGGAAGGGAGAAGAAGAUGAAGAAGAAAACGAAGAGCCAUCCAGAACCACCAGGGCUGCUCCCCAGCAUCAGUAACUGUAGUUGGCCAGUUUGAAUUCGUACAAUCGAAAUGACGUUCUGUGCAUCCUUAUCGUUGUUGGUGUGGGGAUUUCAAAGGGGUUGACUGAGGAAGGUCUGGGGAGUGUAUAUGUGCAACUGCGUAUAAGGGACAAUGAAAUGUGUCUUGAAAAAGAUGAAAAUGUUGAUGUAAAAAAAAAACUAUAUUUUUGAAUUAUGUAACACUUAGCUUAUAACUUUUUUUGUUUGUUUUUUGUUUUGUGGCGCGUCACUUUGGUCACAAUGCUUUUGAUUUUUUUUUUUUUUUUUUUUUUUUUUUUUCUUGUUUUCUGCUUGGAGCCUUAACAUUUUAAAGCUAUAGCGUCAUCAAAACCGUUAAUAAUUGCUGUACUAUACCUCAACAGCAUAAUCAGGGAAAAGACGUCCCGUGCACCCUCUACCCAAGGGAAGUCAACAUCAUCACUGGCUGGACUGAAAAAAACAAAAAAAAAAAAACAAAAAAAACAAUUACAGUUUGAGUUAUGGUUCUGAGCCAAGUGCUAUGAUUCUGUUCUACUCUGCUUAUUGUUUUGAGAAGCAGCAUUGUAACUUUGUACUGUUCCACUGAUGCCCAGCAGAGGUCGCUGUUUCUUUGUUUAAGCCAAUUUGAGAGAAAUGUAGCAUUCACUGCUUUUUUGAAAUCGGUUUAGGUGCAUCACUUCCCGUAUAUUUUUGUUUUUGGAUUUUUUUUUUUUCGUUUUCUUUCUUAACAGAAUUUAAAAGUUUAUUGAUCUUUUCUUCCCCUCGUCCUCAGUAUAAUGCUAAGCUUUAACGUAGGAGCAUAUAAUAACAGAGAACGCCUCAAAUGUGUAACCUGAAAAAUUAAUGUUACUGAUUUACUGUUAAAAGUAAGAAAAAAAAACAAGACAAAAAAGAGUAUAUGGUUUCUGUGCGUGAUUUUUUUUUUUCCUUUUUUUAUUUUUAGGACCUGCUUGCUGUUUUGUGUGUGCGCGUGCGUGCGUGUGUGUAUGUGUGUUUGUGAGUGAAAGAGAGGGUGUGUAUCUUGUGAGGGAUUCAGAUUUAUAUAAUCAUAUAACAAAUUAUUCAUGAGAAUAUAUUAAAUACUAAAAAAAAUUACAAGGCAAACGUUUAAGUCACCCCUGAAAUGAAUAUGCAUUGUAUGGAAGGUCACUAUCACGUUCUUAGAUUUGAUCAUGGUCAUUAUUAAAAUAAUACUAUAUGUUGUAA